AUGAUCGCGAAUAAAAUUAUUUUAAUAUCUUUGAUAGCCCUAGUGGCAAAUUCGAAAGCACUUGGUCUGAAUUUAGGUGCUAGAAAAAAGUCGGCUCCUCGUCAAUGGACUGUCACAGUUGAGCUGGAAGAACCCCUUAAGUCAUAUGAAAAAGUUGGUAUAACUGGUGAUGCUCCCUUCCUCGGAUCAUGGUCAACAAGCAGAACUAUCAUGCUGGAGAAAACUGAUUCGCCAACAAAGUGGAGGGGAAGUAUUCCAAUUCCAACCAAUUUCACAUCUUCAAUAAUGUAUCGAUACUAUAUUGGAGUGGCGAAUUCCACUGGCGGUGAACUGCGGAUUCACAAAUGGGAAACUCAUUUGGAUGGUAGAACUGUCAAUUUUAAAUCAGGUAAAAGCCUCAAGACCAUAGAUCAAUUUGGUUAUGUUAGAGGAGAUGUGAAAAGAGUACACCAAGGAUGGUUGAAUAGUGGCAGAAUAGUGCAGUUCAAUAUCUUCAAUGAUCCUUUAAAGCUUAAAAGAUCAUAUGGUAAUCGAAAGAUUUUCAUAAAGAUAACUCCUGUGGGCUACAAUUCGAGUGCAGAGAAAAAACUUCAAAACUAUAAUGAGUCUCUUGGACUUGCUCACAUUGAAUAUGUUCGCGUAGAAUACGGAAACAGUAAGAUUCGUGUUCAACCAGAUGAUGGAGUUUUAUAUUUACCCUAUGGCCAUAUAAUCUUCCACAUUACGACAGGCGAUUUGGACAGCAUCGCAUUUAACUUCACAGUAUCUGCGGCAAAUGAAGACCACCCUGAGAGGAAGGACAUCAUUGGCUAUGAAUACAUCUAUCCUGAGAGUAUUAAUACUACAAACGGCAUGACUAACGUAGAUAUAAUGUCUCCACUAAACCGCAAGAAUUCCCUUGGAUCUAUUCAACUUGGCACUUUAAUGGUCACACCUCUGCCUAAGCCUUUGAACUUCAAGAAUGCGUUUAAAAAUUACUGGCCAAAGAGCUGGAAAAACUUAGAUGUACUUCAUCGUGGAGUUGGAAAAAGUUUUAACACAGAAGGAAAUGCAGCUCCAGUUACAGAAAAUACAGUAGCAACGAUGAAGCAAGCAUUUGCUGAAGGUGCUGACAUGGUAGAGUGUGAUGUUCAGAUGACAAAAGAUAAACAACUAAUUAUCUAUCAUGAGUUAGUCGUAUACACGGCUAAGGAAGGAGUGCAACCAACAAAACAAGAAGACCUUAAUAAAGUGUUUAUACAAACUUUAACUUAUGAAGAACUAAAGAACCUUCAGACCUACCAUUUUGUCAAUGAAGUGUUAAUUAAAUAUCCAUCUCAUAAUGAAGAAACUAAUGAAGAUAAACGUCUAUUUCCACUAUUCGAAGAUUUACUCACCAAAGUCAAUCAAAAUCUUAGUUACGAUAUCGAAGUAAAGCCUCCACAUGAUCCCAAUACCGAUAAGAACGAGUACGCGGACAUACUUCUAGAUGUAAUAUUUCGUAAAGGCUGUGGUCGCUUGAGUAUCUUCUCAAGUAUUGAUAUUCAUUUAGUUACUUUAUUGCAAUUUAAACAAAAUAUGCAUCCAAUUAUGAUUAUUGGAUAUGGUCAACCUGUUGAUUUUGGAGAUCCACGUUGGACUAAUUAUAAAAAUUUGAUAAGUGGUGCACAGGGAAUGGAAUGGCUUGGAAUUUGUCCACAUGCUAACUUUUUCGUGAACGGCAGAGGUGAUUUAAUAAAAUUAGCAACGGAUGUGGGAGUGGAAAUUAUUCUUUGGGGUACGCCUGAAAAGAAGGAAGAGGUGGAUUAUUUUAAACAAUUUAAACCAACUGGUGUGAUGUAUGGCAGCGGUGAUAAAAUAAUUCCGGAUUCGAAGACGAAGAAUUUCUUUGAGCAGCAACAAAAUAUGCCUGAAUAUUAUAAAAAGCAUUGCGCUUGUAGAAAUGUCACAGAUGAGUAUGUUAAUUGGGAAAAUGAAAGUUCAAAUUCUUAG